UCGGCCGCUCGCGUCGAGUACGGUCGUGUCGGGUCGAGAGAGAUUGCUUGGCGCGUAGUCAUCGACGCACGCAAUUUUUGAAAUAAACUACGACUCGUUUUUGUGUUCACGUGUAACCGUGUCCCAAAGGGUACAACGGCUCCCGCUAACUGGAUCCGCUCUGGUUUUUUUAUUGUUUUUCUCCGGCAAGUGCAAAAUGUGAUGUUAUGUGCUCAACGAGCGUUCCGUCCUGUGUUACGUUAUUGCAAAGUGAACUCAAUGGAUGUAAUGUGGUUUUAAAUUGGAAACGUUAAUCUUUGGUGACUCAGUCGCAAACUGUAAAAAGAUACUUUAGGAAUGAGAGUCGUAUUCCCGAUCACAUGUUCCUGAUCCUUACAAAUUAAUAGUCUGUUACAUAAUCGGAGCUGAUGGCUACGUGAGAACGUUGAUGCCUGCAAACUACAUUCGAAUAAAAAUAUUUUCAAAACAGCAAUGGGCGCAGUGAGAGGCUCGCACGGUUCCUGCUCGUACAGCACAGCCUUUAGAAUAUCGACGAUGGCGCCUCUGCGUUUUGUACGACAAAUUGUCGACAUCGUCACAGCAAACUCUUGCAUGGUGGUGCUAGUAUCGCUAGUGUUACUGUCGUGGCGCAGCGGGGCGACGGCGCUCGCCAACUGCCCCGCCGGCUGCAGCUGUAACGACGACACGCUGGUUGUGGUCUGCGAGGAGAGCCGGCUGGAUGUCCUGCCCAUCGCCCUCAACCCCUCCAUACAGCGGCUCAUCAUCCGCAACAACAAGAUCAAAACGAUCGACAGCUCCAUGCAGUUUUACGCGGAACUGCAGCACCUCGACCUCUCGCACAACCACCUCGUCAAUAUCCCCACUAACAGUUUCGCCUACCAGCGCAAGCUCCAGGAGCUGCAUUUGAACAACAACAAGAUAUCAUCCAUCACCAAUACCACCUUCCGGGGGCUCAACUCCUUGACAGUUCUUAACGUAAAAAGAAACUACUUGGAGGAGCUCAAUAACGGAGUGUUCACGACGCUGCCGAGAUUAGAAGAACUAAACUUAGGCCAGAAUAGUAUAUCUAGAAUAGAGCCAAGAGCAUUCGCCGGGCUCACCGCCCUGAGAAUACUCUACUUGGACGAUAAUCAGCUAAGUUCGGUGCCUACACCUUCCUUCAGCCUGCUGGGCAGCCUCGCCGAGCUACACGUCGGCUUGAACGCCUUCUCUUCUCUACCCGACGACGCAUUCGCCGGCCUCAACAGACUAACUGUACUAGAUUUGAACGGAGCUGGACUCUCAAAUAUUAGUGAGAACGCGUUCAGAGGUCUACCAGGAUUAAGAAGUCUUAAUCUUCUAUGGAAUAGAUUGAAUGUGGUGCCAACGCAGCAGUUGUCCGGUCUAACGAGAUUGGAAGAAUUGUACAUAGGACAGAAUGACUUCGUAGAAUUAGAAUGCCAUUCAUUUAAAGGUUUGAAGAACUUGAAAUAUUUGGACGUUACCGGUGCUACACUAUUGGAACGCGUUCAAAGGGGCGCUUUCGAAGAUAAUGUAAAUUUGGAAACUGUCAUAUUAGCUAAUAAUAAGAAGUUAUCAGUUAUCGACGAUUGUACACUAUUAGGACUGCCGAAGCUUAAACACGUGUCAUUAAGAGACAAUGCAAUCGUUACGUUGAGUGAAACUGUGUUUAUAGGUAAAGAAUUGAGACAACUAGAUUUGAAUGAUAAUCCAAUAGUAUGUGACUGCCACAUGCGAUGGCUACAAGAACUUUUAAACGAGAAGAAUAAUUUCACCCAAAUCCAGUGCGCGAGCCCCGACAACCUGAAGGAUAAAUAUUUGAAGACAUUAAACGCGGAAGACUUAGGUUGCAUGGUGCACGACACCCGGCAGCAGACCUUCAUCUGUGUGGUCGUUGUGGCCUGCGUUGCAAUCAUCGCGGCCGUCGUCCUCAUAUUUUACCGAUAUAGGAAGAGUAUGCACGAGAAACUGAAGGAUUACAAAUGGAGCAAGGGGCGCAAAAACCUGGAAUACCACAAGCCGAUAUCGACCGAGGAGGACUGCAUACUAGAGCUUUACGCCUCCCCGAGCGUGUUCUUUAUGUCUGGCGGCCAGGGCUCAGCGCGCCGGCCGCCGCGCUCGGGGGGCGGCGGCACCAUGCCCGCCAACGGGUUCACCUACAUUGGCGGCGACGGCCGCGCGCACCAGCCGCACCAGCCCAUGACGCUCAACAACGGUGCGCCGGCACAUCAUCUUAACAACGGCUCGCUCCGCUCCUUGCCGGAUAAGAAGAACAACCGCAACGGUGUCAUAUGCCAUCCGGAAAACUUCCAGCGGAACCUCGACACCCGCUACUCCAGAAAGCAGGAGAACGGGUACCUGCGCAACUCCGAAACCAUUAUCGGGUUCCCGCGGGACCGCGACCGGGAGCGAGAACGGGAGUACGAGCGGGAGGUGCCGGACUACAGCGAACCGGAGUAUUCCGUCAUUGCGGAGGGCUACGGGCGCGCUGGGGAGUACCCGCGCGCCUGCACGCACUCCAACACUUUCAACUGCUGAGUGUGCGCACAGAACUUUUUUAACCGUUUGUGAUCUUGUAAUUCUAGCAAUAAAUCUUCAUUCCAUUAUGUUUUUCUAUGGAUGAACUAAGUCGUGAUGGGACGUAGAGCUCUAGAGCGAUUAGUGACGUUAGUGUUUCGGGUCAGGUAUACGUACGACCAGUGAGGACUAUCCUGAAUCGUAUUUGAUUUUAAUAAGAGAGUACCUUAUUUGUAAAUUAUAAAUUUAAGUAGUGAGGGAUCUAUUUUUCAAUGAAAUGUAAGGGGGGCGGGAAGACGUUUGAAAGUUUGACUUUCACAGAGGACGAGGUGGGUCGUGUAAGUGGCAAGGCAGAUGUCGACGCGAGGGGAGUGUGCAGACCUGACAGUGAUGCGCGUGCGCGUGUCGCGGCUGCCCGCGGCAUGCGCUUUGCCGAACCGACCGCGAUCGUACAAUGUACAGGCUAGUCGAUAUAAGCAUAGGUAAAGGAGGUUGUGGCAGUAUGUAAACACCUCCCCUAUUUUUUUUUCAUCUUAAUCAUGUGAUCUUGUAUUUUGUUUUCCCCCACAAUCGUGGAUUAUUGUAUUUGAUUUUGUACAAAACCAUUCCAUAAGAAAAACCUAUUAAUGUAACGUUUUAUUUAUAGAUGACUUGAUAAGCAUUAAAUAAGACACCAAUAUAAAAAGUAUAUUAGAAAUUAACGAAUGUAAAUAUAUUUAUAUUGAGAUAUUUAUAAAAUUUAAUACGAUCUUGUUCUUCUAAAUUUAUCGUAAAGUACUUUUUCCGAUAUUGUAUUGUUUGCUAUUCGGACUGACGAACGGACUCUAUAUGUCGCGACUCUGUUACCAUCUGUAGUUAAUGUCCGCCAUAAGUUGACCGUGGCUUCCAUUUAGCGAAACAUUUAUACAAAAUUAUGUUGUUAAUUUUUUUUUUAGUUAAAAAGUACUAACAGUGUAUUUUGUACGAAUGUUUCUAAAGUGGCAACCCCGGUCGUUUAAUUAGAUAUGAAUAUGAACUAUGAAGCACCACUUUGCAAUCUUCACGUCUCGAUCACUUCGUAAUGCUCAAUCCUAAUAUAGUAUUUUAUUUUAACUUUCACUUGUCAACACUUUAACCUUUGUCAUUUAAUCCUUAGAGUGUAAUGGUGUACUGCUAGGGGAAAGCCUUAAUUGAAAAGUAUUGCCAGUUAUAAAAAAAUAUUUAAAUUGGUAGAUAUAAAUAUGCAGGUGACUUACAAUUUUUUGCCAUUUAGAUAACAAUACAGUCGAAUUAAACAAAUUAGGACUUUAUGGACACUACUAUAUAAUGUAUAUUUGUUUGACAGUAGGGUUACUCUAGUAGUAUACACUCCGUUAUCGACCUCAUGAGAGCAUUGUUAAUUCUACUUAAUAAAUUGAAGUUCAUGCAUUAAGCACAUAUUUUAUUAAUUUUUAAUUAUAUUGUACCUCGGUAAGAACUACAUUUACCCCAGUUUUAUUAUAAAAUGACUAUCAAAAUUUAAUUUGAGUUUUAUCUUUGAUCGUUCACCAUUCAAUAAUACAGUUUUAAAUAAAGUAAUGCUUAAAACAGUUCAAAGUAAGUGAUUAUUAUUAGUUACUAGUAUUAUAAAUGCGAAAGCCUAGAUGGCAUGGCAACACCGCACGGUCGAAGACGCGGGCGUCACUUAGUUUAACAUAAGUAACUUUAAUACUUAUACAUAUGUAAAUUUUUAUAUCAUUAUAACGUUGCAUUUGUUAAUUCAAAGAGCAAUUAAAAAACUGUUUUAACAAGAAAUAAUAUAUGUAACUUGUUUAUUGGCGAACGAUCAAACUUAAUGAGCAAAUAUUGUUUACUUCAAUUUUACUCUGUUUACAUUAACAAGGACAGUUUUAUUUUAAUAUGAAGACGGAGAAAUUAAAGACUAAAUUAAUUAAGGCAUGCAUUAGUGGAUGCCGAACGAAGUAUACAAGUAAUGAAUACAUAUGGAAAACUUGUGAUUAGUGUACUCACAUUUGUAAUAGGGCAUCAGUCAUUUCUGUACUUUAUUGUAGUUAUUACCUACAUACAAACUCGAUAAAUAUAACAUACCUCAAAUUUUA